CCUGCAGCUCGUCUUGUGUUCGCCAGAUGAGAUCAGUCAGACAUCGACAGUGCUCUGCCUCAGCUGCUCGUCUACGAGUAUGGAGUCCUGCUUUCUGAUCGUCGCUUUGCUCUUUCCUUUCAGUCUUUCCAGUGGAGAAAGGACGCUCAAGUUUGUCACUGUUCUUUAUCGUCAUGGUGACAGAUCUCCAAUCAAGACCUAUCCAACUGAUCCCUAUAAGGAGAGUGACUGGCCCCAGGGUUUUGGACAGCUCUCUCAGGAGGGAAUGAAGCAGCAUUUCGAACUGGGUCAGUUUUUAAAGAAACGGUACACAGGAUUCCUGAGUGAGGACUAUGACCGGCAUGAGAUAUUCAUAAGAAGUACAGAUGUUGACCGCACUCUAAUGAGUGCAGAAGCGAACCUGGCUGGCAUGUUCCCACCUAAUGGUUCUGAGGUGUUUAAUCCAGAUAUGAAAUGGCAACCAAUACCUGUUCACACUGUCCCAGCGGCUGAAGAGAAGCUGCUUUCAUUCCCUCUGGACGACUGUCCACGUUACGCACAGUUAAUGAAUGAGACUGAAAAAACUGACUUUUUUCUUAACAUGACUGUAACCUACAAGGCAUUCAUAGAGAUGGUGAAAAAUAAAACAGGACUGAAGAAAACCAGCAUUGAGACUAUUUGGAGUGUGUAUGACACAUUGUUCUGUGAGGCAAAACAUGGGAUGCGACCACCAGACUGGGUGACUUCAAGUGUGAUGGAGACGCUGAAGGUGUUAAAGAACUUUGGUUUUCAGAUUAUGUUUGGAGUCUACAAGAGAAAGGAGAAGUGCAGACUUCAGGGAGGCCUGCUGUUAGAUCAGAUCAUUAAGAAUCUCUCGAAUGCAGCAGCACUGGACUCUAAACAGAAAGUGAAGAUGAUGGUAUACUCAGCACAUGACACAACAGUUGUAGCCCUACAGGAAGCUCUGAAUGUCUUUAAUGGCCUGCAGCCACCUUAUGCCUCGUGUCAUCUAUUUGAACUUCACAAGGAAGAGAACGGAACGUUUUCAGUGGAGAUGUUUUAUCGCAAUGACACUAAUGUGUCCGAGCCGUACCCUGUGUCUUUACCGGGCUGUUCCCAGCGCUGCCCCCUGCAGGACUUUGUGAACCUCACACGUGAAGUCAUACCGCAAGACAGGAAUAAAGAGUGUCAGAUAAAGAAGGAAACCACAGACACUGAGGUCAUCAUCGGGCUGGCCGUGUGUGGCUGUCUUCUCUUCCUCCUGAUACUGCUGCUGUUUGUAGUGCUAUGCCGUCUAAAAGAGCCCAUGGCUAGCUACAGUCAUGUCAUAAACGAGAGUGACUCCUGACAAUCAUAUCAGCUCCUCCGCAAAGAGGAACUGUGGGACAGUGAAGAGGACCUAUGAGGACACGGCGCCAAGUUGUUGAGAAACCCUUAAAGAUGGAAUUCUUUUUGGUAACACAUUUUUUAUAUUGGGGAAGAGUUGGUAAUGUUUUAUUACUUACUUGUAACCUUAAGUGUUUUUAGAGAAAAAAAGGGAAUCAAGAGUUAGGAUGGCGUCAUAGCAUUAGCAUGACACAGUGCUUAAUGCACAGAUCCGUAACUGAGCAGCUGUGACUUCAGCUCUGGGAUUUUAUUAUAACAGAAGAUUGUGUACAAAAUUCAACGAGGGAACUAAAACUUGAACUCAAAAUAUCUCUGAGACUGAAGCUUCUCCAGAGGUGUGAGUCCUUUCUGAAACACAAGGAUUGUUGGCGUCCUGCUGUUUGUGCCUCCAGGCCAUUAAUUCUACUAUAUCUGUGAACGCCUGAAGAUUCAGAUGAGGCAAGAAUUUUACCUUCAUGCUUUUUAUGUGAUUAUCUCCUGAUUUACAGCCACAGAAGAAUUUUGAUUAUUAUUAAAUUUCAGAAUAACAUGCUGAUAUGAACCGUAUUUUCAGGUUAAGCUCAAAUGAGCUUUUAUUGGAGUAAUUGUUUUAAUCUUGUGCAGUUUCCUUAAUGUUUUGUCAUUCUACAUUGAUCACGUGAAUACAAUUAUGUUAUGAAAGAUGAUUUCAUGUCUCAGUACAGUAAAAAAAUCAGUUCCAGGUAAACAUGCCCAGUAAGUAAAAAAAUAAAUAAAAAUAGCCACUCGACAUUAA